GCGCUUCUUCCAAGAAGCACAAUUCUUCAGCACGGUUCGGCAACCCUCGCAAGGCUUGUCUCCUCGUGGUUAGAUUUUUGGAGAGCACAGCGAGCUACUGACGUCCCCGCAAGAGCAGCGCACGCCAUGGCGUCCGUGCAGGGCCGCCGCGAGUCGUCAGAGGAGUCGCGCGCAGCUGCGACGGACGAGAAAGAGCGCGAGGAGGAAGCGCCGGAGAAGCAAGGCGGCCCAGCGACGGGCAGCAAGCAAGGGCAGGAAGGCGCAGCGAGGGGUGGAGGCAGCUCGCAGGCGGCGGAGGCGGUGGACGACGGCAAGAGCGCGGGCCGCGGAGAGGCCGCGCACACAGCGAGGGGUGGCUCUGGUGGACAAUCAGGGGACGAUGGCGCAGGCAUGGCAGGCGCCAAGGAGGGGGAGGCUCGAGGAGGCGCUGCAUGGGGAGGGAUGGCGAGUGGUGCGGGGGGCGAGGGGGAGAGAGCGCAGGGCGUUGAGGUGAGGCAGGGUGGCGGGAAGGCAGAGAAGGCAGCAGACGGGGGAGUGGAGAGUGGGGGUGGCUCUGCUGGUAGCGAGGAGGGGAAGGAAGGCGGGCAAAGUGCAGGAGCGGAUGUGCAGGGCAGUGUGCUGCCUCCUACCCAUGUUGCCGGUCCCUCCCCUGCCACCACCCCAGCCUACUGCACGCAGCGCAUAUCGUCAGGCACCGAGCUGACCCCUGCUGUGCCCACUCCUCCCCACUCAGCCCAUAGCAGCAGCCUCUACCCUCUGGCUGCCGCCACCAAUCCCUUUGCCAUGCAACUUCCCUCCAUCGCUUCCGUUGCUCCACCUGCUACUGCUGCCCCCCUUGCCUCUGCGCCAGGCCCAGCAGCCCAUGGCACGGCAGCUGCACCCCAUCCCAUCCCACCCGGGGGCCCUCACAUGCGCCUGGCUGGAGGCAUGGCUUGCACUGGAGGGCCUCUGGCUGUGGGGCCUGCUGCUGGUGUGCUGCCAGUGCAGCCCAACCUGAGUGCACAUGGUGGCAUGGCGGGUGCACCGUCACAUGCCCGGGCUGCUGUGGAGGAGGCAGCACGCGUGACACCACACACUGACCCAGAGGAGCACAGGGGAGCAGCACCCAUGGAUGUGGAUGAAGGGAAGAAAGAAAGCACGUAGAAAUAGGGGUUUCCACCGGAAGCUUGGAGGUUUGGUAUAGAAUUCAUCUACCACACAUUCUUUCUGUCUGUAUAGCGGUGUAUGAAAUUGAGUGGCUUUUGC